GUGUUCGUCUGUCGGCCGCGGUCAUCAUCCAUACGUCGUUGUGCGGAAAAAAUCGUGUUACGCGUUUCUGGUCUUCUCCUGUGGUGCGUGCGUUUUGAGUGUGAAAUCACGAGCGAUUCUCAGUUAAGCUGAAUUCGAGGCCGAAUUUCGGGAAACCAUACGCGGAUUUCCUUAAUAUCAAUGGUCACGGGAAUCCUUGUUGGUGUGGUUGAAUGUCAGUUUUUCUCCUCGGUGCAGUGAAAGGGAAAAUCGGUGUGUUUGUCAGGAGAGCGAGAAGCUAUUACACGAGGCAAGGCAACGGGAUCAAAAUUUUGAUCAUCCAGUAAAAGAAAUCGGGAAAAUAGUGUGUAUGUUGGAAGAAGCUACGUAAGUUGAUUGCAUUUAUUUCUGACAAGAGAAUCGAGAGACGAAUCUGCUUGUCUGGUUACUAUUGGAUUUCCCAACGUGAGUCGAACUUUUCUCUACUAAAACGCGGCGCGGUUUGACCGUGAAAAGAGGAAGAAGACCGACGGUCCGAGUGGAAAAAAAACAAUAAACUCCAGCUAAAUUUGCUAGUAGACGCAUAUUCCAGCAAGCAUAAAUUCAUCAUCUCAGUUCUAGUGCUCAAACAUGAUCAAAACCACUACUGACACGAGCUGUCCGAUUUCGCCCAGGAUACGUUAUAUGGAACAACCGCUUUGACCGGUUCGAGCCCGUAAUUCAACGCAACGUUUGUAAAGACAUCCACAGCAACACACCUUACUCGAGUUUGGUUUUGGAUUGAAGAUUUAAGAGUAGCGGUUCAGUAUUUUCGUUUGAUUUCAACCAGACUUGGCCUGCUGAUACACGGCAGAGAGUUGUACUUCGAUUUUAUCGACGUGAGAGAGAGAGAGAGAGAGAGAGAUUUAUCAGUUCCUUAACCCUUGAUUUUGUGGAAUUUUAUCGACCUAAAUUGUAUAGCUACGAAUAGUUUGCCCUAGUCCUAGCUUUCGUUUUGGGAAGUUUUUAUCGUAGAAACUCUCCCGCACACAUAACUGCCUGGGGUUCCUCCAGGUCCGCGUGUUGUUUCUCACAUCAGGUACCUUAACUUUUUAACCUUCUCCAAUCGCGUAGUUCUGAACCGAAAAGGAAAGCGAACGCUGACCAGCUUUUUUCUUCAACAAACCUAAACCCCCUGAAACGAUGGCUGUUUUUACAAAACUCUGCUUACCCGAUAUUGUCAAAUUAAAACGCUAGUUAGUAAAGCCUUUGUCCACCCCGUGUUCGAGGAGGUCACCAAUAGAAUUUACUAAUUUUAACGUUUUUUAGGUACAAUAUCAGUUACUUUACAUCGGUUUUUCAUAAUCGUUUGUCUUUUUUUGCAAAGCCACUUUUUUAUUUAAUUAUUAUAAAAAGUACACUCAUAAGAAUUAAUAUAAAUAAUUAAUAAUUUUAAUAUUACAAUUUUAACGAGUACUCUUCGCUAGCGUAGUGCUUAAGCAUAAGUACUUCGGUUUGUUAAAAACAAAAACGAAAACACACGAUACUACACAUUUGUUUUCGUGAGUGCACUCUAUUGUAUCGUGUUUGAGAUUGAUCAUAUUGAUAAAACAAAGGCGUGUUGGAACCUAAAGAAGAGAAUAAGAAAGUUGGUAUCGCUCUGAAACCUCUCCUUGGUACUUGAUAGCAAGCUACUUAAGCUCUAUAUCUCAUACUCCUACCACGUGUUCUAUUGCAUAAAGCGAGUAUUUAUUUUCACAUCGGCGUAUCUCGUUAAGAUUCCACUUAUCCCCUGAUCCCGAAUAAAACCACAAAUCUCUCAGUUCCAAAUCUACGGAAAAAGAAAGCAUCAAAAUGGAACCUUUUUCGCCGGAAAUCCUGUGGCUGGUAAUACUUGGCUUUGUGAUUGCCUUCGUAUUGGCGUUUGGAAUCGGUGCGAAUGAUGUCGCCAAUUCGUUCGGUACGAGUGUCGGAUCCGGUGUCCUCACGAUUCGACAGGCCUGUUGGUUGGCCACCAUCUGCGAAGUCUCCGGAGCAGUUUUGAUAGGGUACAAAGUAUCGGAUACGAUGCGGAAAGGUAUCCUAGACGUGGAAAUGUACAAGGAUACGGAAAUAGAACUCAUGCUCGGUUGCCUUUCGGCACUGGCUAGUUCCGCCCUUUGGCUUCUGGUGGCUACCUUCUUCAAGCUGCCAAUCUCUGGUACGCACAGUAUCGUUGGCUCGACAAUCGGGUUCAGUUUAGUUGCCCGUGGCAUGCAGGGUCUCAAAUGGUCCACCCUUGGUACGAUCGUUGGAUCGUGGUUCAUUUCACCGGUACUUAGCGGCUUGAUGAGUGUUCUGCUAUUCUGGAUGAUCAGGAAAUUCAUUCUGCAAUCAAAAAAUCCCCUGGAAAAUGGGCUAUUUGCUCUGCCAUAUUUUUACGGCGUGACACUUGCCGUUAACAUGUUCAGUAUUGUACAUGACGGGCCCAAGCUUCUAUACAUGGAUAACAUCCCUACCUGGAUAGCAAUUGUCGGGUCCGUAUCGUUAGGCUUACUUGUAGGUAUACUGGUUCAGUUGUUUAUUGUUCCAUGGCAGAGGAGAAAGAUUCUGAAUCAAGAGACGAAAAGACGAACGGAAUUCACCGUGGGCGAUUCAGAUUGCGAUUCAUCCUCGAAUGGAAGUCCCCGUCGUCCGAAGCGUCCUCUUUCGUUGGUUGGCGAUGGAAAGGGUCUUCCAGCCAUCACCGAAACAACUGAACUGGUAUCACUUUCGUCGCAACAUCAGCACAAUGGCUUGAUCAAGAAACUGUCCAUUGAUCUAUCGCCGAGUGUCAUCAAGGGAACCAGCCCAAAUCCGUACAAAAUUGAUCCCAAAAUUGUGCAGAAAGCAGAAAAUCUUCUUGCCGCCAACAAAGCCAGCCUAGACAACACCGAUCUAACAAUAACGAGCCUCAACUACAUCGACGAGUACCAGUCAACGAUGAACGGAACUGGGCGAAUGGCGCUUAAUUCGUACUUUGAUCGCCGAAACAGUAGUAAUCUUUCCCCAAAGUCACAUGAUUCUGCUGCGAUGAAUACUGGUGUAAAAGACCAAUCUCCAAUCGUCCAAAAUGGAAAAUCGCCGGCCAGCCCCAAAAGUGAUAGCACGCUUCCGAUGGCAGACUACACACUUCCAUCGAACAUCAUUCUUAACAGUACCAGAAAUGAUUUGACGAAAGACAUGGGCAAAAUUGAAAACGCUGCUGGACUGGACCACACACUGAUUAGCUCGACUCUGUCGCCAAAUUCGAGUAAAGUUCCACUAAUCGGUGGCAAGGAAGGAUCCGAAGAAAGUCGACAUCCCAUGAAUGAAGAGAACGAAGACGUUUCGGAGUUGUUCUCGUUCCUACAGGUACUUACGGCAACAUUCGGUAGCUUCGCUCACGGUGGUAACGAUGUGAGCAACGCAAUCGGUCCGUUGAUCGCUCUCUUCAUGAUCUACCGGGAAGGCUCGGUACUGCAAAAGUCUGAAACUCCGCUAGCGAUUUUGCUGUACGGUGGUGUCGGCAUCUCGGUCGGUCUAUGGCUGUGGGGACGUCGCGUCAUCGAGACAAUCGGCAAUGAUCUCACAAAGAUUACCCCUUCGACUGGCUUCACCAUCGAAAUCGGUGCCGCCUUUACGGUGCUGUUGGCGUCCAAAAUCGGUCUUCCGAUCUCCACCACCCACUGUAAGGUCGGGUCGGUUGUGUUUGUCGGGCAGGCCAGUGCACCAAAGAAGCUCUCACCGGACGAGGAAAAGGAGAUGAAGCUGCGAAAUCCGCACGAGCACCAUCACUAUGCCACAGGGCAACAGAAAGCCGUUGACUGGGGUCUCUUCCGGAAUAUAGUGUACGCCUGGGUUGUAACCGUACCGGUGGCUGGUCUGCUCAGUGCAGGCUUCAUGUACGCACUGUGCGCCAUGGUGCUGUGAAACGACGAGAAUACUUGGGGAACAGAAAAUAACGUCUAGGAAGGAAACUGCUUCUUCAACACAGUUGUUAUUUGGUUGGAUAAUUGUCUUAGAUCCUAUUAUGGAUUUCGUUUCACGUCAGAGUUUUGAGAGCGUUUUAUGGGUGAAUGAGUUUUGUAAAAGUUUUAUUUAUAAUUUGUUUUAGAAGGAAACGCAUAACAGUCUGAAGAAUAAAGAUUUUGUAAGGUUAUUUUUUGUAAAGUACUAAAUGAAAAACUUGAUGUUUUUUUUGUCCUGGUUUCCUUUUAUGGAACAAACAAUGCUUUUAGUUGUACUUCAUUUUGAUGGAGCUUAUGGAAAUAAAUAUAGUUUAUCUCGAUGAUUAAGUAUAAUUGAGAAUAGUUACAAUGAUAAACACAAUAAUUAUUUUUAAGUGUAAAUCUCAAUAAAACAAGUGACAACCACAAAAUUAGAACAAAAUAAAAUCGAUGUUGAACAAAACAACAAAAACAAUCAAAUGAACUGCACUUGUUUCGACUCAAUCAGUAAAAUACGCUGUCAAUUUUGUGCAACCGAAUGCAAACGCUCACUUUUGCUUAAAAUCAUCUGGAUCUAAAAAUCAAUCAUGGCUUUUUCCACUGUUUUGCUUACAUGUUUUAUGCUGUGUUGCCAAUUUUAACUAUUUUCAAUUUCAUUUUUAUUUAAUUCACUCACCGCUGCGUAGCUUUUCGCUAAACCACCCACUAGCAGUAGACCGAAAAACGCUGGUUUAAUUUUUACUGUGUCCAAUUUCAUCAAAUGAAAUCCGGUAGAAAAUAACAUUGAUGUCCACCCAUCGUCGACGUUCUAGACGUACCGUGUGGGCGGUAGUGAUACUGCAACAGAAAAAUGUUAAUAAAUGUGUUAAACAUGUGAACUCGAUCGAAAUCGAAAUGUUGAAUUAAAUGUUGGCUUAUUAGUGCUCUAACGUGUAGACACUCCUAGAUAAUCCUUAUAGGACGUGAUGUGUGUUAAGAGAACGCAGAAUCCGAAGCCAUCCCGUUAUUUUUCUUUCCCGCAUUGAGAUGUAUUCUUCGUUCAAGAUGCAAAAUCCAGCAGCACGUGCGUUGCUUCCCAAUACCAAUUUAGAGCGUAACAAAUCGAAUUUCUCAUUUUUAUUUAAAAUUAUGAUUUCUCAUUUUCUAUUAUUAGCAGCUUAUUAGAAAGAGCGAAGUAGGUUCCACUAAUACUUAAGCAUAGAUCAACUCGUACACAUACAAACAAAAAGUAUUUAAAAAAUGCUUACCGAUAAUAAAUGUGUAGAACAUUGAGUGCCCGUGAACAUCCGUAGUCGAGCAGGAAACGUAAAAUUUAUAUUAGAAUUAUUGAUUACUUAUAUUAAGGGUGAUACUUACAAUUAAAUAAAAAAGAGGUCAAGUGGAAAAAGAUGAAACAAAAAAAAACAAACAAAACCAAAAAAAUAAACAUGCUAAGAAGGCAUUUUCCAUGGAACCCAAAAAAAAGUUGUUCUCAGAGCUGAAGUGCGUUUUUGUGAAAACUUCUGUAAAACGAAGCCACGCGAAGCUUUGGUCACUUUGAUCUGAUUGAGCUAGGUGGACAAAAGAAGAGUGCUUGGAAAAUUGUUUGCUUAUGCUUGGAGAAAAAAAAACCAUCUCUCAUUUUUGGAAAUGAUCAAUACAUAACCGUAGGAGAACAAAAAUAUGCUGGCAUUCAGGAGUUACAAUAAACUUAAGAAUUUGUACUUAUGAAAGCAAUGAAUCAAUCCAAUAAUGGAUUUCAGAAGAAGAAGACUUAAUUUCAUUGGAAAUAAACGUGGUCGCCAAAGAAAUUUCUGAUCAUGAGAGGCAGUACGUGUGCCCUCACAAGAGAAGUGACUUCGUUUCGAAGAGAAGAUAACUAAGCAAAUGUCGAUGUUGAACCUUGAGUAUUGUAAUUUCGAAAAGUGAAAGAUGUCACAAAAACAAAUACAAGUAACAUUGUAAGGUAUAUAGAAAGUAAUAAAUCUUUCAUCCUGAUACGAUGUGUA